AUGGGUAUUCCACAAUCCAUCUCUCAAGAAGACGACUCUGAUUGUUCCAUAACACCUGCCACUUGUCGCGCUGCCGAACUUCAAGAUUACAACACUCUCCGAAACCCUUCACGAUUUCGAUUCGGAUCCAAUAAUUCUAACAACAAUAACAACAAUCAAAGAACCUCGUCUGAAAAAAAAGAAGCCAUCGAACGCGUUCGAGAUAAGCUCUUAAAUGCCUCUUCGAAAUGGCUUUCGAAUCCUUCUUCUUCUUCCUUUCAUUCUCCAAAGACAUUUGUUCCUUCUUCUCAACCACAAGAUUCACAACCUUCUCAACCAUCAAAUCGAAAAAAACUAUUGAAUGGAGUGACAACUAACACUCUUCGGAGACGUGCAGCUUCUUCUCCGGAGGAACGUGACAAAAUCAUUUCGACAUUGGCUUUGUUUUUAAGUGUUCGAGAGAGCAUGUUGAAAACGUAUUUGGCUUCCGAUUGGAUGUCUACUGUUUCCAUUAUUGAACGAAUGUUAGUUCCAUCGGAAUUUACACAAUUUAUUGAAUUGGCAGUUCAGGAAAUUGACGACCAUUUUGAUUUUUCCGAAUAUGGAGAUUCGAGAUCGACCGAGGACUCACCCGGAGGUCACAAACACAGUAGAAAACGACGAGGUGGAAUUUUAUCCUCUGUCUCUCAUCAUCAUCAUCGAAGACAUCAAAUUAACAAGAAGUCUGAUGUCAUGUCACCUGCCACAUCAUGUGCUCCUAAUUCUUCCAAAAUUGUAAAUUUAAAAUUAAUGAUAGUACCACCUCUCAAAUAUCACACACUCGUCGAAGCUUGUUUUCCAGUCAUUGAAACAUUUCUAUUGGAUCCUAUGGAAAUGACCAAUUGUUCAUUCGGAGUGGCACUUGUGGUCGAUCAUUGGUUUCUCUAUUUCGAACCUGAAACGAAUUUAAUCAUUCCGAAAAAACUCUUUUCGAGAGCAAAAGAUUUUGUCGAUCAGAACAUUCCUACCUUUUUACGAGUUCAACAAAAAGUUAAUCAAAUUGAGAAUUUAUUGGCGGCCUGUAUUUGUAAAUGGAAUUCUUCCAUGUAUUAUCAAGCAGCAAAAAUGGAAUUCCAUUCUUGUACGGAGAAUUCUCAAUGGAAUUCUUCAUCGCUUCAACCCUUCUCUUCCGAUACGAGAGUCUCGUGUUCUUCUCCUACCUUAUUGAUACCAUCGACGUCGUCUUCUUCAUCAUCAACCAUUUCAUCUCCAUCUUCCUCUUCAAUGAAAUAUUAUGGAAAUUCAAUGGAUUUUGUGGAAGACUUUUUUGUCAAUUAUUUGAAAUAUGAUUACACACAAGUACCUACCUUUAAUUAUUUGAAAUCCAUGAUGACCAAUAUUCGAGAAAUGGGAAGCAGUGAUUUAAUAUUUGAUUUCGACAGUGACCUUUCUAAAUUAAUAUACGAAACGUCCUCUAGUAAUCACAAUAAUAUGAACUCACAUAGUGAGAAUCGACAUCAUGAUUCCACAAUAACAACAACCACACAUAACGAUGAAGUCGAACGAAAGAAUUCCUCCUUGACUUUUUUGGAUUUUCAUGAUUUGGAAUUAUUUAUGGACGAUUUGUCAAUUUCCAUGCAAGAGCAACAAGAAGAGUUUCAUCUUCAGGAACAGGAAUGUGAAACUAAUGCUGUUGAUAAUCCGUUUGUUGCUUUGGAAAUUUUAAAGGCGGCGUUUGAAAUUCAAUAUCUUGAAGAAAAUGACGACCAUGACGGGGAAGGUUCUGUUGAUUUCUAA